ACGCCAACCGCUGCUGGAUCAGUUAUUUCAGCCAAAAAUCAUUCAAAAAAUCUUCUGCUAUGAAUUUCUCGACUGAGUUAGUUGAUUCAACUCCCACCUUCUGGGAUGACUUCGUGCGUCCGUUGGACGAAGUGGAGACUACUCGAGGGAUGGUGAUGCGGGUGGUGUGGAUCACGUGGGUGUGCAUCUCUCUUCUCUUCGGAGUGCCCGGAAAUCUACUCGUGAUUGCUUCGAUUGCGUUUAUGAAACACAUGCGACAGCUGCACCACCUGUUCCUCGCCAAUCUAGGAAUAUUUCAAACACAAGACUUGACUCAAAUAAGCCAAGAAGGGCGAGGACUUCUGAAGGAAGCACUUAAGGAAUACAGAAAUCAACUGAGAGACUUCAAGGAUCGAAGCGAUAGACCAAUGGAAUCAAAAGUAAGACGACUCGAAAGACACCUCUUCAUGCGAAAAUUUGGUCAUGCUACACUAGACGAAGGGGUUGAAAGGAACCCGAGUUGGGAAAUAGAGUUGGAAGAAAACUGA